AUGUCGGAUUCUUUCGCUGUGUCAGUGAACGCAUCUCUCCCUGUGGCUCGUCUCUGAAGGUUUAUUUUUUCUCAAUUUUUCCUGGAACAAAAGACGUUUUUCCAGCAGAAUCCCCUCUGAGCUUCCUCAUGGCGUCCACGUCUGUCACCAAGGUCGGGGGGGUGGUGGUCGUCACUCAGGUCAUUCCCAAAGAUGAGGCGUCCCUCCAGCUCCAAGCCCCGCCUGCUGACCAGGCCCCGGCCUGUGCCCCCCAGGCCCCGCCCCCUGAGCCCGUCAAGGUGGACGACAUGACGGCUGCCUUCCUGCAGGGACAGCCACUGGUCCUCGGGGUUUCUCAGAUCUUCAUCGGCGUGAUGCUCGUCCUCUUCAGUUUGACCACCCUCUUCUGGUGGACGCUGAUCAUACACCUCCCGUUCGGCCUUGCCUUCUUCUUCAUCAUAUCUGGAUCUUUGGCUGUGGCGGCGGGGAGAAAAACGUCCGUCCCUCUGGUGUGGGCGUCUCUGGCGUCCCACCUGCUGAGCGCCCUGGUGGCCGUGGCCGGGAUCUGCUACGCCAGCGGCCUGAUGGCGACACAGGCCCCGGAAAAGACCAUCUGCAUCCCCGAAAGCAUCGAGUACCAGUUCCCAGACAACCCGUCCGAGGUCUGGAUCCGGUGCAUCGAUCAGAUGUGGAUCCUUACUAGGACUCUCUACGGUCUUCUGGGCUUCGCCUUGGUUCUGCUGGUUUUCCAGGCCGCCGUCUCCAUCAGCCUCUGUGUGUUCUCUGGCAAAGCUGCCAGACUCCGACACACCUACAAACCCGUCCAGACCUCCUGUGAUGGGCGUCCCCUCCUGGCGUCUCCCUGAGAGACCGAUGAAGUUCUUCCACGCUGCUGCGUCGCUGCGUCAUCUUAUUACCUAGAACCACUUUUCUUUGCCCACUUCUGUCACAGACAUUCUGGUACAGUGCAUUCUGGGAUAUAUCUGCUUGAAGUGAUAAUUACUCUCCGCAGAUCAGACGGAGGAAUGUGGCAUUUAAUUACGCUAAUGUUAGAAAUAAAAGAUGCUCUGCUCUUUUUGCAUGAUUUGAUUCUGUUUUUGUGCUACAACUGAUUUUUCUAUCAAACAAUUAAAAUCGGAUUUUUUUUUUAAAAAGGU